AUGGCUACCCCCGGUGUCCUUACCUUUGAUGCUGAGGGUCGUGCUGUUGACAUUGAGGUCUGGGUCGAUGACCUCCAGCUGUUCCUACAGUGCGACAGGGCAGACGGACUCUCCCUGUUCGAUCUCACCUCUGGUGCCUCUCCUGCCCCGCCUGCUACUACUGAUAGCAUUGUUCGCUCACAGUGGACCACACGCGAUGCUGCUGCCCGUCUUGCUGUGCGUCGUCACUUACCGACCACUGAGCGUGCACACUUUAGCCAGUACAAGAGUGCUAAGACCUUGUACGACGCUGUAGUUGCACGCUACUCUUCCCUUGCCACUGCUGCACUGAGCCGCCUCAUGCUACCAUACCUCUUCCCUGACCUUGCUGCCUUUCCCACAGUCGCUGACCUCAUUACGCACCUUCGCACUAGUGACACUCGCUACCGCGCUGCGCUUCCUGCUGAGUUCUCUGCCAAGAACCCCACCCCCAUGUACAUCACCCUCUACUACAUAGUCACCCGGCUCCCUGACUCCCUUCGCUUAGUCAGGGACCACUUCCUCUUAGUUUGCCCCACCACACUCACUGUUGACCUCCUCGAGGAGCGCCUCCUAGCAAUAAAGAAGAGCAUAGUCGCUGUAGGAGCCUCUCGUGGUGACCCUCGCACCCCCGUCUUUGAGGGUCGGUCGGCGCUGCGUCUACCCCUAGCGGGAGACUCCGCACUGGCAAGGGCAAGGGGGGCAAGGGCGCUGGAGGGGCUGGCGGGGGCGGUGGAGGUGGUGGUGGAGGCAGUGGAGGGGGUGGGGGUGGUGGUGGGAGUGGUGGCGGGGGUGGAGGUGUCGGUGGCAGGAGUGGAGGCGGAGGAGGCGGCGGCGGUGGCGGAGGGAGCAGAGGCGGCGGAGGUGGCGGAGGCGGCGGAGGUGGCGGAGGCGGCGGAGGUGGCGGAGGCGGCGGAGGUGGCGGAGGAGGCGGCGGCAGCGGUGGAGCUGGUCACGGCUCUGCGCAGAGGAGUGGGUCCGGUGGUGAUCCGCGCCAGCAGUAGCAGCGCAGUUGUGAGACCCUGUCCCCUCAGCAGCUUCGUGAGUGGUACGCUGCGCGUCAGUGAGGUCUACCUCCCCUUGUUCUCUACGAACUUGGUGAGUGGAGCUGAUCUACGGGAUAGGGGGGUUGACAAGUUCACUCCUUCGAGUCAGCGGGUGACCCACUGCAUGUGUGGUUGGACAGGCCGACACUUGGCCACAUUCACCCGUCGGCCGGGGUCGAGCCUGUACACACUUACUACUGAGUCUCCUCCGGCUGCUGAGUUUGGUCAGGUAGCUGCGUCGAGUAAGGGGCCUGCCCCUACCUGCGUCCCCUGCGUCGAGGGGCGACAGCGCGCCGCCCCUCACUCCUCCGAGUUUCCUCCGACAGAGGCUCCGCUACAAACUCUUCACAUGGACGUGUGGGGCCCCGCCCGCGUGCGUGGCCAGGGGCACGAGUGUUACUUCCUGUUGGUGGUUGACGACUACUCGCGUUACACCGCAGUCUUCUCCUUGCGCAGCAAGGUACACAGCGCAUCAGCUCAACCUUCAGCCCCGGGUCUCCUUGCCAGAGACCUCCCCCCCCUUGCGGUGGACGGGGAAGGUUGGCGAUGCGUCUGGGGAUCUCGGGCGUUUGUCCCCGACUUGUCUGCGGACAAGUUGUCCCCCCGUGCUGUUCCCCGCGUCUUCCUUGGCUUCCCCCCUGACGCGCCUGGGUGGCAGUUUUACCACCCCACCUCGCGUCGUGUUCUGUCCUCCGAGGACGUCACCUUUGACGAGUCGGUGCCUUACUACCGUCUCUUCCCCUACCGCACUGCGCCCCUCCCCCCGCCGCCGCUCUUCCUUGCGCCAGGUCCUCCCCGAGUAGACCCCGUCCCCCCUCAGGGUCCUGCCCCGUCAGGUGUGUCCCAGGUAGACGCAGUCAAGCCUGUAGAGGUAGCUGUUGACUCUGGUGCUGCUAGAGGUGCUGAGCCUGCGGGUGCCGGGUCUGGAGGUGCUGAGCCUGACGGUGCGGAGCCUGGGGGUGCUGAGUCCAGGGGUUCGGAGCCUGGGGGGGCUGAGCCUGGGGGUGCUGAGUCUGGGGGUGCUGAGUCUGGGGGUGCUGAGUCUGGGGGUGCGGAGCCUGGGGGUGCUGGGUCUGCUCGUGUGGCCUCUCGCGGUGCUUCGUCGAGGCGGUAG